GGUUGCCAGAUUUGAGCAAAUAUCAUCGUUUUAAACGUUAAGUGUUGUCUCAUUGUCAUUAUUACAGCGCUGGCAACUCGUGCUCAGACGCUGUCACAUUCGGGUCGAUUUGGUUAGGUCGACGAAAUGAAGAUGGCGACUGCCUACGAGCGUUACAAUUUCCACAGCACCCCGGAAAAGUUUUACGUUGAGGCCUGCGAUGAAGGCUCUGACGCUGUCCUGGCUAUCGACAGAGUGUCUAAUGAAAUGACUCUCCAAAGUAAAAAAGAUAUCCCUGCCUCAGCGGUCACCAGGCCUAUUUGUGGCAUCAUGGGAACCAUUCGCCUGGUUGCUGGGAUGUACCUGAUCGUCAUCACAAGGAAGAAAAAUGUGGGCAGCCUCUUGGGUCAUGCAGUGUGGAAAGCAGUGGAUUUUGAUAUCAUCUCUUACAAGAAGACCAUUUUGCAUCUGUCAGAGAUCCAGUCUCAGGAGAAUAAGACCUUCCUGUCCAUGCUAAAUAAUGUGCUGACAACAGACGGUUUUUACUUCUGUACUGAUUACGACCUGACACACACCCUUCAGCGGCUGGCCAAUACCAGUCCGGACUUCCAGGAGAUGAGCCUGCUAGAGAGGGCAGAUCAGAGAUUUGUGUGGAAUGCCAAUCUCCUUCGAGAGCUGGCGGCACAGCCAGAGCUCCACAGGUUUGCUAUCCCCGUUGUGCAUGGCUUUAUUGUCAUGAAACCGUGUCGCAUCAACGGGAAGAUCUUUGAGUGGGUCCUCAUUUCACGGAGAAGCUGCUUCCGGGCCGGUGUCAGAUACUAUGUCAGAGGCAUCGACUCAGAAGGCCAUGCCGCUAACUUUGUUGAAACUGAGCAGCUAGUUUUGUAUGAGGGAGCCAAGGCUUCCUUUGUACAGACGAGAGGCUCCAUGCCUUUUUACUGGAGUCAAAGGCCCAACCUCAAAUACAAACCUAAACCUAUUAUCAGCAAAACAACAAGUCACAUGGAUGGCUUCCAGAGGCAUUUUGACUCUCAACUUCUUAUCUAUGGGAAACAAACCCUUCUUAACCUGGUAAAUCAGAAAGGGUCUGAAAAGCCACUUGAACAAGCAUUUGCCAAAAUGGUGACUGGCAUGAACAAUGGUAUGCUCAAUUACAUAGCCUUUGACUUCCACAAAGAGUGCAGCCACAUGAGAUGGGAUCGUCUCCAGAUCUUGGUGGACGCUGUAGCUGAAACACAAGACGAUUACAGUUACUUCAUGGUGAACCAGGACGGGAAGGUACUAGUCCAGCAAAAAGGCGUCUUCCGUAGUAACUGCAUGGACUGCCUGGACAGAACCAAUGUCAUCCAGAGCCUUUUGGCACGACGCUCCUUGCAGUCUCAGCUUCAGAGAAUGGGUGUUCUAAACGUUGGACAACGGCUUGAAGAACAGGCCGACUUUGAGAAGAUCUACAAAAACGCAUGGGCUGACAAUGCCAAUGCAUGUGCUGUGCAGUAUGCAGGAACCGGUGCAUUAAAAACAGACUUUACAAGGACAGGGAAAAGAACCCAGUGGGGUUUGGUGAUGGACGGUUGGAACUCCAUGAUCCGCUAUUACAAAAACAACUUCUCUGACGGCUUUAGACAAGAUUCCAUCGACUUGUUUCUGGGUAAUUUUGCCAUCGACGAAUCGGACGCCCCCGGUCCUCUUCGGGUGCAGAAGGACUGGAAGUUUCUCACAUUACCUAUAGUCAUGCUGGUGGCAUUCUCCAUGUGCAUCGUAUGUCUUCUCAUGGCUGGCGAUACGUGGACGGAGACUUUUGCUUACGUGAUGUUUUGGGGUGCCUGCAGUGCCAUUACAGCUACCAUCAUCCUCUUCAACGGGCAAGACUUUGUGGACGCUCCUAAACUGGUUCACAAAGAGAAGAUGGACUGAGAUGUGGUCGCGCGCGUCAGGUUACGCCAUUACCGGACCGGACCGACAUACAGGUCAACAUUCUCCCUCUGUAUCAGCAGAUGAAGACUACAAUCGCUAAUGGGUCCAGAAUUCCAUUGAGAUUGGUCUUAGUGCUCUGCGUAACUUUAACAUUUGAUUGUGGCUGAUCUAUUCCUAAACUCAUAUGGUUACACCGGUUCUUAUUUUGGUCAGCGCUGAACUUUUUUCACUUUUGUUUUGUAGAGACCAAGUACUGUCAACUAUCACUUUCCUUUAUUCUUCACACUCCUUGUUUUUUUGUGUACUUGUGUAUUUUUUUGCAGAAAUAGUGAAAAUCCAUGGAGCUUCUAAGGUGACGUGGAAGAAGAAAAAAAUAUAGGGGAAAAACAAAAGUUGACGUUUAAAAAAAAAGUGCCUCUAAAGGGAAUCGGAAGAUUUUUUUUCUGUCAAAGAAAAAAAAAAGAAGUAAAAAAACAAAUUCACAUCGAAGCAAAAAAAUGUUUUUUUUUUUUUUUUACAUCUAAGCAAAAAAAACAAACAAACACGGAGCCUGUGUUCUCUGCAUUUGCUGUACAUCAAUCAGAAACCAUGUAGCUGUCCAGAGUAUAGCAAUUGGUUGCCUAUAGAGUCAACAAGGACCACCAAAUCACAGAACGUUUUCAACAAAAAUGUCCGGUUGAGGUUAGGAUUUGCUUCGAAUGUCCUCUGCUUAUUUGGAAACCGUGCUUAAACUCAAGAAAUGAUCGUAUGUCAUCACAUUUUGGCCUAUUUCAAAAUAAAAUUCAAUUAACCUGCCCCAAAGGUGAACAAGCGCCAUUGUUGCCAUUGUUUAUCUGGAAAUUGAGCCACGCAACGCACAUUUAAAAAUAGCGGAAUUUUUUGCUUCAAUGUAAAAAAAAAAAAAAAAAAAUUAUUUUUGCUUCGCUCCCAACUUUUUCUUUUUUAAAUUCCCUGUAAUUGUUUUUUUCCGGGCAUUUUUUUUCUUUCUUUCUUUUUGCUUCAACAGGAAAAAAAAUCCCCGUGUCCCUUUCAGGGCACUUUUUUUUUUUUUUUUUUUUUUCAACGUCCACUUUUUUCUUUUUUUUUUUCCCUUCUGCCUUUUUUCGUCUUCCAUGUCCGCUUAGGGGCUCUGUAAAAAUCAGGACUUGAUGCCUCUCACCAAAAGGAUUUGUAUUUGCAUAUCACAUGAUGGUGACAAAGGACUUCUAUUUGAUUUUGCAAAAUCACCUUCCUAAUUAUUACCGGCACGUAGUAAGAUGAAGCAAAAUGAAUAUUCUCUCUAUAUUGUGUGUAUAUAUAAUAUUAUAUAUUAUCAUCUAUGGCAGUAAAUAGCAGCCAAUGAAUGAAUUGUGGGGCAUUUCAGGUCUUUUCCUGUUAAUUUUUGGUCACUUCUUGUUGAUUUUUGGGAAUUUCUGGGUCACUGCACAGGAGGUGGCCCAUAACUGCCCCAAAAUCAACAGAAAGUGACAUGUCAAUGAUCUAAAAUUUUACAGGAAGUGAUGUUGAUCAACAUAUAACAAUUUAAAUUAUUGUCGUUUAGCACACUACUAAAUUACAAACUACAUUUGUGUGAAACUGUUCCAUCUAUUAUGUUACAUACUGUCAAUAGAUACCACCAUUAAGCCACUAGGAAAAACUGCCAUUCAUCAGAAUCUUUUUUUUUUUCUUUUUCUUUUCCAUUCUAAAGUUUGGUGACAUAAUUAUGGGAAUACUGUGCAAUGUUCUAAACAUCAGUUUAUUUUAGAGAUGUCAUUAUUGUGAAUGUUUGGACAUAAAAUCAUGACUUUCAAACAACAAAUGUUAUUUCUUGGAAGAAGCUAUUCAAUGACAUAUUUCCUCAGCCUAAUGAUACGUUAAUAAAGGAAAAGAGUAACUUUAAGUUUUCCAUUCUAAUUUGCUGUUUAAAUCCAAUUGAAAACUUCUGUAUAUCUUAUUUCACAUUUUGCUUAUAUGAUGGACUUUUUUGGCGGUAGUUUUGGUUUCUACCCUGGGUCAAGAAUGUUUUCGUGGGACUUUCUUCAGAGUUUAAUAACAUGUUAUGAUUAUAUUGAUCAUAUACUAAGGUUGAUAAAUCUUUCCAUGUACAGCAUUCAAUUAAUCUGGAGGUUAUAUAGUCAAUGUCAAAGGUGGAGUUAGUGACAAGGUCACAUGUGGUCAUUCUAGAACUGCAUUUACUGUAUGUUAUAUUUUGAAUCCAGGGAAACAAAUUUGUGAUUUUCCUUAGAAGUCAUCGCUAUAUUAUCAAUUUGUUCAUACUGUAUACAGUAUUUGGCAAUAAACCACUGUGAACUGACUUGUUUUUCUCCCUUCUGUUUAAAUACUCUAUUUGGGUUACUGAUUUUUAGCACUCUUACAGGUUGAGGGCAGUGACGAGUUUGGAAUGUGGUAUCAUUCCUGAAACUGUACUAUUAUUCUACGCUCAUUCCUAAUGGAUUUGACUCCAAACAUGACUAUUUUCAGAUCAUUUUGAUUGUUUGGCGCUAAAUGUGGGGAAAAAAAU